GUCGUGAGGGAAUGAACUGCUGAGUGGGGCCUUUCGUCCUAUCGUUUCUUAUAACAGGAGGUUUGAAGCCGGUGGUGGCUGAUCAAAAUGCCAGAGCUGAUGGCGGACGGUGGGAGGAGGCUCGUGACACUUGACGACCUCAUCGAUGCUUUGGACAAGCGCGAGAGGGCGCCAAGCAAUGUCCCAAAGGUUGAGACGUUCCACUUCAAGGGGGAUCGAGUAUCUGACUGGUUGGACCUGACAGAGCAGGCGCUGGUAGGACUGUCAGAUGAAGUCAAGCUCCAGCGGGUCCUAAGGUUUKACUUUUCGAAGGCAGUCAUGCAGAGGGGCGGGAGGGACACACGGCCACGACAGGGGCCCGAGAGGGUAGCAGGAAGGGGCGAGCAGCAUGAGCCGCCUAGGAGGGAGCCUACGCUAGAGUUCGACGACGAUAACAUUGAGCUCUUCCUAGACGUGUAUCGGGAUCAUGCGGCACAGAGAGGGUGGUCAGUGGCGGAGAGGAUUCACCACUUGAGGGGUACAGGGAGGUUUGAGGAGCCUGUUGCUCAGAUAUGUGAGGAGGCCCUUACUUGGCCAGAUGUGGAGGCCGGGAUGCAGAGGUUGAGAGCUUCCCCUAGAGGACUUGAGUUUCAGCGGAUCACAAGCGAGGAGUUGAGGUCAUCUUCACCGUCGCCAUCAGGGCUGGAGCUGGACAUACCAAGGGAAACGCCUUUCCGGAGCUUAGCGACUCACCUUGAUGUAUCUCGAUGGGAGGCCUUAUGGUUGGGAGAGGGCUCAGCUGAGCCGGUGCGCUAUGUACCGUUAGAAGAGCCUCUGGACCUCGAGACGGAGACAGACACGCGAGACCAAGAGGGGCCGCAAAGCCCUGGGAUGGCAGUCGAGCAGCCAGGUCCGGUAUGGCCUCUGGAUGAGGAGGUGAUCACGGUUAGAGACGAUACCCCUCCAUGCUCCCCAGCUCCAAGGCCAGCACAACAUUCAUGGCCAAAGGGGAUUCCUGAGCCAGGCAGUGAGGAAAUUCCGGAGUUUCCCCUAGAGACCACUGCGGUGCCUGAGCAUGAGGCAGAGAUGUAGAAGCAGGGGGCUGGUGAGGGAGCGAGGAUGGAGGCGAUUCACGAUUGACCCUCAGUCAUGCCCGCGACCGAGCGCACAGUUAUC